UGAUCUCGUCUCGAAUCUCCCUUUUUACCUUCGGGUCUUUCGCGGGGUUUUCCUAGCGGGAAGUUUCCACUCUUACUUAUCUCCCAUCGACUACAUUGACCGCAGGAAACUUGUCCCGGCGACACAACAUCAUGGCACCCGACGCUGGCGUAUGGCAACUGAGCCUCCGUGCUCUGCUGUUGGCCGCGACUGUCGGGACUCAGAAAGCCUUUGCCCAGGAGUGCGCCUAUGCGGGUGGAUGGGCACUGCGCAAUGACAGAUCGUGUCCUCCGACCGCCCCAGUCGAAUGCGGUACAGGCGCGCAGCCUCGAUGUUGCCCCUCUGGCUUCAAGUGUACGGGGGACGGCGACUAUGUAGGGAAUUAUUGCUGCUCUGAUCCCUCUGAUUGCAGACAAUUGGCGCUGGAACGCCCACAGUGCCCUGAUUCAACAUGGAGUCUUUGGGGCGUCAACGGGAAACUAGACAACGGCGGAUGGUGCUGCCAGUCUGGUCAGAACGGCACGUACCGGGAGGACUCGAACGGUAUCGCUCUUCUUUGCACUCCCUCGACAGCUACAUCUCUACCUCAGAGUCACUUCUGGGGCGAAGAAAUCAGUACUGCGUCAUGUUCCACGACUUCAACAACUACGACGACAGCCUCGACGACAGCCACGGCAACUGGAACCGGCGCCGACACGACGCUCGUCUCCACGACGAACGCUGCGCCCACUGCGAGCUCGAACCCCGCAGAGUCCACACUUGCCACGGAACCAGAGACCGUCGGAUCGGGUUCCAUAUCUACCGGCGCCAUAGCUGGUGCCGCCGUGGGUGGCGUGGUUGGCGGUGCCUUACUGGCCGCAGCCAUCUUCUUCCUGUGGAGGAGGAAGAGGAGACAAUCUGCUGCUGGAAGCCCCGAAUCGACUGCUACAUCCGUCGCCGCUGGGGGAGGAACGUCAGGAUGGGCAUACGAAGAGCAGAAUGCCAAGUUUGGACACGGCCACAGCGAACUUGCGGCUCCAGGGCCCCGCUUCGAGAUGGAAUCGACAGCGCAUCAGGCAUAUGAACUGGACGCCUCUGGGCAGGCCAGCCACGAGCUGGAUUCGGCAAACACGAGUACGAGACCGACGCAGAGAGAGGACGCAAAGUUCCGUUAGAGACCGAAGAUACCCUUAUUUGAGCGAUGAACAGAGCAUUGUAUACCGAUGGAGUUAGGCGCAGGUGGUGGCAUUGCCUUUGGAACUCAUGAAUCAUAACCCCGCCCCCACCUGAUACGCAUUCCUGGGACAGUCCUUAUUUCGUCGAAGAAUCGCCUUUGAUUAGCUUCGUUUCGAAACAUGAAGUAUUCCGCUAGAACUUUUAAACUAAUACCAUUACCAUUUAUUC